CCGCCGUCCUCGCUCCCCGCGUAGCCGCUGCGCGACCGGUGGGUCCCGGUUCGGUGCCGCCGCCUCCUGCCCGCCGCGCCGGGGCCUCCCCGCCCGGAGCCGGAGCCGGAGCCGGAGCCGGAUCCAGAUCCAGGCCGCUCGCAGCGCCCCGGGGACUCGGGCGGCACCGGGCGAUGAAAUGACAACAUCAACCCUGCAGAAAGCUAUCGAUCUGGUAACAAAAGCGACUGAGGAGGAUAAGGCCAAGAACUAUGAGGAGGCGCUGCGGCUGUACCAGCAUGCAGUGGAGUACUUUCUACAUGCCAUCAAAUAUGAGGCUCACAGUGACAAGGCGAAGGAGAGCAUCCGGGCGAAGUGCGUGCAGUACCUGGAUCGGGCGGAGAAGCUGAAGGAUUAUCUACGCAACAAAGACAAACAAAGCAAGAAGCCUGUCAAAGAGUCUCCAAAUGAUAGCAAGGGGAGCGACAGUGACAGCGAGGGCGAGAAUCCGGAGAAGAAGAAGCUGCAGGAGCAGCUGAUGGGUGCCAUUGUGAUGGAGAAGCCCAAUGUGCGGUGGAGCGAUGUGGCUGGCCUGGAGGGCGCCAAGGAGGCUCUGAAGGAGGCUGUGAUUUUACCCAUUAAAUUCCCACACUUAUUCACAGGUAAGCGUACCCCCUGGCGUGGGAUUCUGCUCUUUGGGCCCCCUGGCACGGGGAAGUCGUACCUGGCCAAGGCUGUGGCCACCGAGGCCAACAACUCCACGUUCUUCUCCGUGUCGUCCUCGGACCUGAUGUCGAAGUGGCUGGGAGAGAGCGAGAAGCUGGUGAAGAAUCUCUUCGAGCUGGCAAGGCAGCACAAACCCUCCAUCAUCUUCAUCGACGAGGUGGACUCUUUGUGCGGCUCCCGGAAUGAGAACGAGAGCGAGGCUGGCCGCAGGAUCAAGACGGAGUUCCUGGUGCAGAUGCAGGGUGUUGGUAAUAACAACGACGGGACCCUGGUCCUCGGUGCCACAAAUAUCCCCUGGGUCUUAGACUCGGCCAUUAGGAGAAGGUUUGAGAAGCGCAUCUACAUCCCCUUGCCGGAGGAGGCGGCCCGAGCCCAGAUGUUCAGGCUGCACCUGGGGAACACACCACGCAACCUGACAGAGGCCAACAUCCACGAGCUGGCCAGGAAGACGGACGGCUACUCGGGAGCCGACAUCAGCGUCAUCGUGCGCGACGCCCUCAUGCAGCCUGUCCGCAAAGUGCAGUCGGCCACACACUUCAAGAAGGUGCGAGGCCCGUCUCGAACCAAUCCCAGCGUAACCAUAGAUGACCUCCUGACCCCAUGCUCGCCGGGGGACCCCGGAGCCAUUGAGAUGACUUGGAUGGAGGUGCCUAGUGAGAAGCUGCUGGAGCCAGUGAUCUGCAUGUCAGAUAUGCUGCGCUCGCUGGCCACCACCCGCCCCACCGUGAAUGCAGAGGACCUCCUGAAGGUGAAGAAAUUCACAGACGACUUUGGACAGGAAGGUUAAAAGCUUCUGCCGUGGGGCGGGCGGGGAUGGCAGGG